AUGUCGACCCUCGCCGCCUUCAGAAUCCCAACUAUCACCAACGAGCCAAACAAGCACUAUGCGAAAGGCUCUCCGGAUCGAGAAGGCCUGGCGGCGGCUGUAGAAGCCCUGCAAGGACGAGCCCCUCUCGAGAUCCCUCUGGUCGUGUCCGGGAAAUCCAUCACGACCUCGUCUAUCCUCACACAAAACAACCCCUCCUCACACGCAACCACCAUUGCAAAAUACUGCAAUGCCUCUACUGAGGACGUCAACAAUGCCAUAGAGGGAGCACUGGCUGCAAAGCCUGCUUGGGAAUCUCUACCCUUUGCAGACCGCGCCGCAGUCUUCCUCAAAGCAGCGGACCUGAUCAGCACAAAAUAUAGAUAUGAGAUCAUGGCGGCCACGAUGCUGGGACAAGGAAAGAAUGCCUGGCAGGCCGAAAUCGAUGCCGCUGCGGAGUUGAUCGAUUUCUUGAAAUUCAAUGUCAGAUAUGCCGAGGAACUGUAUGCUCAACAACCGCCUUACAACUCCCCUGGUGUGUGGAACAGAGUCGAGUACAGGCCGCUCGAAGGCUUUGUCUACGCUAUCUCCCCGUUUAACUUUACUGCUAUCGGUGGCAAUCUGCCAGGGGCGCCCGCUCUGAUGGGCAAUGUUGUCAUCUGGAAGCCCAGUCCGUCAGCCAUCGCCUCCAACUAUUUGGUCCAUCAGAUCCUCCUCGAGGCCGGCUUACCAGCGGGUGUCAUUCAAUUUGUGCCGGGUGAUGCUGAGCAAGUGACCAAGGCUGUCCUCAGUCACAGGCAGUUCGCUGCCCUACACUACACUGGGUCAACAGCUGUCUUCAGGAAACUGUACGCUCAAAUCGGCCAAGGUAUCGGUGAGGGCCGAUACAAGGGCUACCCCAGAAUCGUCGGAGAGACUGGUGGCAAGAACUUCCAUCUUGUUCACAGCAGCGCCGAUAUCGACAACGCUGCGGUGCAAACCAUCCGCGGAGCUUUCGAGUAUCAAGGCCAAAAAUGCAGCGCCACCUCUCGAGCAUACAUCCCUGCCUCGAUCUGGCCAGCGUUCAAGUCGAAGCUUGUCGCAGAGACGGAGAAGCUGAAAGUUGGCCCUCCCGAGGAUUUUGGGAACUUUAUUGGCCCUGUCAUUCAUGAGGCCAGCUUCAAGAAGUUGUCCGGAGUAAUUGAUGCUGCACAGGAUGACAAGGAGCUUGAACUCCUUGUCGGAGGCAAAUACGACAGCUCCAAAGGCUAUUUCGUGCACCCGACAAUUUAUGAGACCAAGAACCCGGAGCAUCCAAACAUGAGCACUGAAUUCUUUGGGCCAAUUCUGACGAUCUACGUCUAUGACGACUCGGCUGCUGAUGGGUUUGAGAAAGUUUGCAAGCUUGUCGAUGCCUCAUCCGACUACGCCCUGACUGGCGCGGUAUUCGCCAAAGAUCGUGCCGCGAUUCGAUAUGCGGAGGAGGCACUCAGGAACGCAGCUGGAAAUUAUUACAUCAACUGCAAGAGCACCGGAGCUGUCGUUGGGCAACAACCAUUUGGCGGUGCCAGAGCAUCCGGAACAAACGACAAGGCUGGAUCAGCGGCUAUCUUGUCGCGUUUCGUGAGCAUGAGAUCGUUGAAGGAGGAAACCCUCUCCACACUACGGGUCCAAUACCCUUCAAACGACGUGUAA